AUGGCAACUUCACCAGCCGAGUUUGACGAUAUCGACGAGUUUGACGAGUUUGGUCUAGACGAUCAUGCCCUCCUCCAGCUCGACCUGAUCGAACACAAUCUCGCCAGCAAUGCCACACAACUCUGUCCAGCGCCGAGAUCUAGCUCGCAGACAAAGUCUGCACCAGCUCCGCCCUGCAUUCAGAAGCUUUCGUCCCUCCGCAAGACUACCCAUGCAAGGGGUCCGGCAGCGCUUCAACCACCCGCGACAAAUGGCUCUACCACACGGAUAGAUCCUGCUGCUACUUUGGCCGUUGCAACUACCUCCAGAAGACCCAUGCAGCGCGUUCGUUCGACGGACUCGCACGCAUCGACUCAGCUUGCAUCUUCUGGGGGCACUCGGCAGAUGAACCUCUUUGGCAAGCCUGUCACAUCCACGCAGACACGAUCCGCAAAGCUGGUUUCAUCAAGCCCAGGCCAUAUCGUUAUCUCCUCACAGACAGCUCCAACCGCUGCAAAUCAUUCAACAGCUCCUGAUAAUAUAAACGCAUCCCCUAGUUACCGCCCACCCUGGCAACAAAAAGUAGGCACAAAGACGUGGGACAGAGAGGCCUACCUUCAUCGAGAGAAUGCAAAGAAUCGCGAUAAGGAAGCCAUCGAUGUCGACGCAUUUGACUCUUCGAGCCCCAAAGGCAAUCCCAAGCUCGAACGCGAACGCGACUGGGAUGCAGAAAGCGAAUUUGUCAACGUGCUUCCGCCCGAACCGCUCGAUUCUCGCCGCCAACUCGCUCCUGUUCAGUCGCAAAAGUGCAAGAUCGACCUCGAAGCGGCCAAAACCUGGAUCUACCCCACCAACAUGGAAAGGAGAGACUACCAGUACAAUAUUGUCCAAAAGGCACUCUUCAACAAUGUACUCGCCGCUCUUCCCACCGGUCUCGGCAAAACGUUUAUUGCUGCCGUAGUCAUACUCAACUUCUUCCGAUGGUAUCCCGAUGGCAAGAUCCUCUUCCUCGCACCAACACGCCCGCUCGUCGAUCAGCAAAAGACGGCUUGCCAUCGCAUCUGCGGCCUCCCCUGGGACUGCGCCAUCGAUCUCACCGGCAAUACGGCAGGUUCGCGACGCGGCGAUUAUUGGGCGACGAAGCGCAUCUUUUACAUGACUCCGCAGACGUUCGAAAACGAUCUCCGCGAGAAGCGCUGCGAUCCGCGUGACAUCGUCUGUGUCGUCAUCGACGAGGCACAUAAAGCGCGCGGCAAGUACGCAUACGGUAAUGUCAUUGGUCGCAUCAUGGAAGUCAACCCUCACUUUCGUGUGCUUGCGCUCUCAGCUACACCCGGAAAGGACUCGGAAAGCGUACAGGAAGUUGUUGACCAGCUUCACAUCAACCAGAUCGAGAUUCGCACCGAAGAAGCCAUCGACGUCCAACGUUACAUGUUCCGCAAGCGUGAAGAGAUCGUCAAUGUCACACUCGGCAAAGACCUCAACUUGGUCAAGGAGAAGUGGGCCAAGCUCAUGCAAACUCAGAUGGACCCACUCAUGAAAGCUGGUCUCCUUCACAACCAGGACCCUGUUCUUUUGCAUCCUUUCGCCGUCAAUUCCAUGAUGAAAGAUAGAAGGCGUGCCGCCAUCUUGCGUGAAAACAGGUGGUUGCAGGCCAACGUCCGGGAGCUCAGCCACAUGGCGCUGUCGAUGCAAUACCUCAUGGAGCAGUCGCCCACCAUGUUUUACAGCCGUCUCAAAGAGCGUUCCAUGGGUUAUAAUACCAAAGGUAAACAGACUAGUUCCGCCAAACAGCAGAUGUACGCCAACUCCAACACCACCUUUAUCGAAAUCAUCCAUGACCUCGAGGUGAUGCAAGACCAUAAAGGUCGAAUCCUGCAUCCCAAGAUGCUCAAGCUGCGCAAUGUACUCAUCGAGCACUUCGAUGCGUUCAAAGCGGAUCAAGUGCACAACGCAGAGGCGUUCGAGGUGAGCGGACACGAUGUGCUUGGAAACACGCCCACAUCGGGAGAGGUGGCCAACCUUGAGAGCUCAUCGCAGGCGGAUACGAGGGCUAUGGUGUUCUGCUCGUAUCGAGAAUGCUGCGAUGAGAUUGUGGGCUUCCUCAACGAGUCAGGCUUCAAGGCGACCGAGUUCGUCGGUCAGAGCAAAUCCAGGAGCGGCAAAAAGGGCAUGUCGCAGAAAGACCAGGAACGCGUCAUUGCCGAUUUCAAGAAGGGCAUAUACAAUGUUCUCGUCGCCACUUCGAUCGGAGAAGAAGGUCUUGAUAUCGGAUCGGUGGAUCUGACCGUGUGCUACGAAGCGGUCAAAGACUCGAUCCGUAUGCUGCAGCGCAUUGGUCGAACCGGUCGAAAGCGCGAGGGCAAGAUUGCGGUGCUUGUGUCCGAAGGUCGCGAGCAACACAACUGGCAGCAUUCCAAGAACAACUACAAGGCGGUGCAAAAGGAAGUCGAUUCGCGCAUGCACGUCGAGCUCUUUGACGAUGUCGAUCGUAUGGUGCCGGACCACAUUUCGCCUCGACCUGUGCUGAAGGAAGUCGAGCAGCCUGAGUUCGAGCCGUCGAUGAUCUCGAAUGACAAGGCAAUCAAAGCACCUCGGGCUACGAAAGUUGCCAAACCCAAAAAAGAUCCAAAGCGAAACAUGCCUGAAGGCGGCGAUAUCAUCGAAGGGUUCCGCAAAGCGUCGACUCUCACCAAACGCAAGCAACGUUCUGGCAGCCAUGACGUUUCGCACGUCAACGAUGCCGACGCGGUUGGUCCUUUGAACGAGACGCAUAGCCAAAAGAUGCUUCGUCUGCUCACUCUGCCGCAGGACGAGCUGGAACCUCAGUCGGAAAAGGAAAAUCUGUCGCUCAAGUUCCGAUCGUCGAAGGACAAAGCUCGGCCAUCGACGCAAAGAAUCAUCGCAUCUUCACCGCCGAGCUCGCCGCCAUUUUCUCCGCCGCCUUCGUUCAGAUGGCCGGCGACGAGCUUGGGAGUUGGUCCGGCAUCUGAUGGCUUCCAAACAGUAGGCGUUCCGAGCGCAUCGUCCUCUCCGCUAGCUCUGGUAGCAGGUGGUGGUGUUACACGCGGAAAGAAGCUCGGCGUCGGACCGAUGGGCUCUGGGCGCAGCAGCACGAGUUCGGGCAUUCUCUCGCUGCGCAAGAGCGACGAUGCCAUCGAUUCUGUGUCUGCCUGGUAUGGGCACAGCAAGAGCCAGGACCAGAGUCGACUCGAGACAAAGUCUCCGCGUAGCAGAGGAAUCGCUCAAGCUGUCACAACACUCAACGACGAUGACGAUGACGAUGACGAGUUUGCCGAUCUGACCAUGGAUAUGUCGAUGGAGAACGCGAUCUCACGCAUUGAACAAGAGGCGACGUACAAGCCGGAUCUGCACAGCCCGAAUCCAUCGCGAAUCGAAGCGCAGAUCUCGAUGGAAUCGAACAACAGGCUGAAGGACGGGCAUGAACAGUUGGAGCCGAUCCUGUUGUCGCCCCCAUCACCACGCAGGGCGAUCAGCAGAGAGAAAAAGGCGCACCCGAUCAUUCAAGCAAUCAUAGACGAAGAAGAGGAAAAGGUGCUAGCCAAGCAACGUCAAGAGAAAACAGACACUCGGUCGAAAGCGCAAGAGUUGCAAGGAAAGGGCUUGAGCUUGAUGGGUCCGCCGGACUCGGUGCCUCGGCGUGCAGGUGGAUGGCGCAGCAAACGUGUGAUUCGCGAGUCUCCGGAUAUAGAUUCGAGCGGUGUUUUGAGCAAGCACCUAGAUUACGAGGUGGACGACGAUACAGCUUUAUCGUCUCCCAUCAAAGGACCGGUGAAACGCCGGGGUCGACUGCAAAAGGCGUCGAGCUCGAGCAAAGCGGCGGACGAUGUGGAUACAUCACCUACUGCGGUCAAGGGUCGUACGCGAGUGCGUGGCAAAGUCCGCAUUGCCGACGAUUCAGACGAUGAAAGGGAUGCCGAGACGAGGCGGCUACAGAGCAAGAAACGGAACGAGAUGGCUGCUCGGCAACGUGGUGGCGGGAUAAAGAAGCGAAAGAUCACCAACUCACCCACUUCGCGCGCCUUGUUUCAGUACGAAGCAGAGCGGUCUACGGACGAAGAGGUGCACGGGGAGCGAGACGAGGAUGAUUCGGGGCUGGGAUCGUCGGCUGAAGACGAUUCGGAUCGAGAAGCGGUCGGUGAUUUCGUACCCACGCAGGCGCCGAGGGGAUAUCACCAGCAGAGUAUCUAUCUGCAGUCGAUGCUGUCGCAGGCGGCUCCGCCCGAGUUUCAGAGGUUGCGGCACGCGCCGUUUCCCGGAGUGGGUGGUCGAUUUGGUGAGCCCGUCACGCCGAGCAGACCGGCAUGGCGGCCGACGAGUGCUCAGCCAGUAUCGAGCGAAUCUCGAAACGCAGCGAGAAUGCAGAUGGCGUCAGAUGAUAUGUAUUCUGAAGACUCGUUUGUGGUCAACGACGAAGACGACAUUAUCUACGAUUCCGAGCCCGAUGGCUUGCCGGACAGCAGUCAGCUUUAG